AUGUCUAGCCGUCUGUUGACUGGUGGAGAAUGCCCACAAGGUGUUCUGGAUGUUGUUGAAGGCGCUAUUGGCUACCUUGCUUUGUCGGUUGGAUAUACAGCCAUUGAAUAUGCUGCACUGAGAGUGCUUUCAAAUCUUUUCUUCUCAUUUACUGAAGACUUAGCUGUUUCAUCACUUAUGAAUGCUGAAAGCACUGGAAGAACGUCAAUCCUUUUGAGCGAUAUCGUACUUGGAUUAAUAGAUUUGGGGUUUGAUGUUUCAGGCCUAAAUGAAAUCCCCCGUAAACGCAUGUACAGAGGAUGUAAAGAACCUGUUGCCAUUGGCGGUUCACAAAGGAAAGGUGUUUCAUGCUCUGCAGUAUUGGGUCCAGGUGGGACAACAAUUAUUCCUCGACCGUUGUCUUUACGUCUUAAUUGGUCGGGCAAUCCUCGUCUUGGGGCAAUGGGAUCUACAUGUACUUCUAAUUCAGGUGCUUCAGACCAACUGUCAUCUUCUUUACCACCUCCAGCUCCUGCACACCUACAGCUUCCUUCACUACCUGAACCACACACCUUUGUAACCACACGAGUUAGGCGUGCACCAAUAGCUCCCGACCCAGCUUCAUUACGCCGUCGUGUAGCUGAACAGCGUCGUAAAGUUCAACAGUCCUUGAUUCGAUUUCUGGGUCGUGUUCAGCCCGUUCAGUAUCUGUUUCCGGGUGAUGCAGAAUCAUUUAUGCUGAUAACUCCAAAAACUUCUCAUCGUCCGUACUUAUCAGCUUUACUCGCUGGUGCAUCAACAAGUAAGGAUGAACAAAAUUCUAAAUCAAACACCUUGACAAAGAGCGUCUCUAAUCAACCUGCUGUAGUGAAAAAUCGAUUUUUGCUAAAACCGAAAUUCCCUGAAUAUUGACCUACACUGGCUACCUUUAUUUCGCAUAUAUUUCCUUCCUUUUCGUUUCUAAGGAUUAUUCUUAAGAUUGUCAUUUAUUCAAGUCUGGACUUACUUUUUGUUAGAAAUUACUCCUUUAACUGUCCAGCACGAAUUUGUUCAGCAAUACUGGCUUGUUGUCUAGCAGCGACAUUUUUCUACACUGCUUUUUUGAUUCUUUCGUUUUCCUUUUGUUACUUACGUUUCUUCUUCCCCUAACUUACAACCAUUUCUAAGUCUUUGAUACGUUUACUGCUGGCUUCUUCAGUUUUGAUAAAUGACAUUAUAGAUCAGCAUUAUUAAAUACAAGCUGUCUGGUUACACUUAUUUAAAUUACCUAAACUAUUUAAAGAAAAGUUGAUUUUCCCCAUUUUGAACUGCGUCGGUGGCAUAGCGGUUAGGACGCUUGCCGACCAUGCACAUGGUCCGGGGAUCGAUCCCCGACCGACGCACUCCUUUACCUCGCUAAGCCGGAAAUAAUGCUGGUGAAGAGGAAUGGUUGGGC